AUGGAGACCAGAACACAGGUGGCCAUAGAUGGAAACCGGGAAGAAGCAAUCGCAAAAAUUGAGAUACGAUAUGUUGAUGACUGUACUCAGUGUGGUACUGGUUUCCACACAAAGGGAACCAUGAUAUCUCUGGAAGAUGCGGAGAUCACGUUGCUCCUCUUAGAUGAUUCUCACGUCAAUUCACUGGGUCUGACCCCUUUCUUCCCUCCCUGCCCACCCGCAGGAAGCAGGGCGGAGAUCUGCCUCCUGCCCCCAGAACCAGGGCUCUGCCAGGACCCGGUGACCCGCUACUACUACGACAGGUACACGCAGACCUGCCGGGCAUUCAGGUUCGGGGGCUGCGGGGGCAACGCCAACCAGUUCGCCACCUGGGAGGCCUGCGAUGAAGCUUGCUGGAUGAUCCGGGAGGUUCCCAAAAUUUGUAGGUUUGAAGUCAGUAAGAAUAAGUGUGGCAAGUCCAGUGCAGAGUAUUUCUUCGAUCUGAAGACCAUGAGAUGUGAGAAAUUCACAACUGGUGGGUGUCCCUACAAUAUGAACCGGUUCCCUGAUGAAGCAUCUUGUAUGAACUUCUGUGCGUCAAAGAAAAUGCCAUCAUUUUGCUACAGUCCAAGAGAUGGAGGAUCGUGCUUUGCUAAUGAGACUCGCUAUUAUUUUAAUAUGAGACGCAAAGCUUGUGAGGACUUCAACUACACUGGCUGUGGAGGGAAUGACAAUAAUUUCUCCUACUUGAAGGAUUGCCAACGAGUUUGUGAAAAAGCCUACAAGAGGGGAAAAAGGAAGACACAAAAGCCUCCCUUUUCAAUUAAAAGGCCAAAAUCUUGGAGGAAGAGAUCUUAAGAAUUUUCUUCUAUGUCGUCUUGUGAAUGCUUAUUUCCUGAACGACUGUAUCUGUGGAAUAUGGCACAAUGAGAAAACAAAUCAUAAGAGAUUUAUUCACUCACCAAUUUUUUUUACUGAUACAAGUUACUUUUUCACCUGUGCAUAUGUUAUACAUAACUACCUGAUAUUCAAAUGUGAAUUUCUCCUUUUUUAUUCACUGUGUAUGAGUUUGAAUUAUUAUAGUGCAUAAGAUAUAAAGGAAAGUAUGACUCAUUCAGUUCUUGGGUUGCUAGUCUUUAUUUCUGCAGAUAAUCAUACCUGAAAUAUCAUUAGAUAAUUAUGUACUUUUAACAUAUAUGAGCAUAAACAGCUGGCAAAUAUGUGUCACUAUGAAUUAAAAGUUGGAUUAUAUUUUCUGACCAAAGAAACAAAGUUGCAGAUUCACUAACACUUUGAAAAACAAUCCAAUAUGCAGAUCUACUAACUUUGCUUUCAAUCUGUUGUGUCACAAUGCAGCGUGAUGAGUAAGGGGACAUAUUUAAAGUAUAAUAAAAUGCUUUUGACUGAAUUAAAAAGUUAGCAAAUUUAUUGUCAAAAUGUCCUGGGGGGGGGAGUUAUAUCUACACCUACCUCUUUUUUUUUUCCAAAGCUAUCUAUUCUCACUCACAUGUGUAGGUUUGUAAACAUAUAGAUAGAUGGUUUCAAAAGUUCUUAUUACAUUAUUUUCUAAGACAAAAUGGGGUGGAAACCAAUAAA